CACGUGGGUGGAGCUGGAGCGCAGCUCGCAUGGGGGAGUCUAUCCCGCUGGCCGCCCCGGUCCCGGUGGAACAGGCGGUGCUGGAGACGUUCUUCUCUCAUCUGGGUAUCUUCUCUUACGACAAGGCCAAGGACAAUAUCCGCACCAUCUAUACCUCCCUGCAUAAUGAGCUGAAGAAGGUGGUGACUGGCCGUGGUGCCCUGGGUGGGGCCACUCCUCAUGUGGAAGAACUCCUUUCUCACCUGUCGGAGCAGCUGUGCUUCUUCGUUCAGGCUCGGAUGGAGAUUGCAGACUUCUAUGAGAAGAUGUAUACCCUCAGCACACAGAAGUUCAUCAGUGCCGAAGAGCUCGUUGGCCUUUUGGACACCAUUCUCAAGAAAUACAGCUCAAGAUUUCACCACCCAAUCCUCAGUCCUUUGGAAAGCAGUUUCCAGCUGGAAGUCGAUGUCCUGAGUCAUCUUCUGAAGGCCCAGGCUCAGGUCUCAGAGUGGAAGUUCCUCCCAUCUCUGGUUAAUUUGCACAAUGCUCACACCAAGCUGCAGACCUGGGGCCAGAUCUUUGAAAAGCAGCGGGAGACCAAGAAACAUCUGUUUGGAGGGCAGUCUCAGAAGGCCGUACAGCCCCCACACCUCUUCCUUUGGCUGAUGAAACUCAAAAACAUGCUUCUUGCCAAAUUUAGCUUUUACUUUCACGAAGCACUGAGCCGGCAAACGACUGCUUCAGAAAUGAAAACAUUGACUGCAAAAGCCAACCCAGACCUUUUUGGAAAAAUUUCCAGCUUCAUCAGGAAAUAUGAUGCUGCCAACGUGUCCUUAAUCUUUGACAACCGAGGGUCUGAGAGCUUUCAGGGUCAUGGCUAUCACCACCCCCAUUCCUACAGAGAGGCCCCUAAGGGUGUGGACCAGUAUCCAGCUGUGGUGUCUCUGCCCAGCGACAGGCCUGUAAUGCACUGGCCCAAUGUCAUCAUGAUCAUGACAGACCGCACUUCUGACCUUAACAGCUUGGAGAAAGUGGUUCACUUCUAUGAUGACAAAGUUCAGAGCACCUACUUCUUAACCCGCCCAGAACCUCACUUUACCAUUGUCGUCAUUUUUGAGUCAAAGAAAUCCGAAAGAGACUCCCACUUUAUUUCCUUCCUCAAUGAGCUCUCACAUGCUCUUAAGAACCCCAAAGUUUUUGCAAGUCUGAAACCCGGAUCCAAAGGUUAGCAAGUAAUUUGUGUGAAAGGUCUUCAAGAUGGGUAAUUGUGUUUUAAUUGCUCUAAUGAUCUACAGUGGUCUGUGAUUAGAGUUUCGAUCCGUUCAUGCUUCUUUCAGAGCUAAAUUAAAGACAAAUCCUCCUUAAUUGUGUCUCACACUUUAUAUGCAAUUAAGGCCAAUUGAAUUAACUAUCCAAAGAGUAAUCAAGGAAGUGAUCAUGGCUACUGUGUAUCUCCAUAGUGCAGCAAAGUACUCUCAGUAUUUUCUCCUGUUUUCCUGUAUUUCAUGUAGACUGCAUAUUUAUUAGCCUUUGAUGUUUCUUUCCAGAUGUUUCUUUCCCGAUGUUUUAUAUUACUCUAAACAUUGUAUUCUAAUGCAAUUUCAAACACCCUCUCCCUUCCCCUCCUACCUGGAUGAGUAAUUGGGAUGAGAAAUUAAAUGGUCUUUUUAGAAUUAAGGACUGUAUGUUUUCUAUCUCAUAAAUUAGCUGAUUAACAUAGAGUUAUUAGUUUUAUGAUUCUGAUCUAAAAAUAAUAUUUUUGAUGCCCAAAUUAGAGUUUUAGUGAGAAAUUUCUAUCGGUUAUUGGAACUGAAGGUGAAUUAAGUAGGAUAAUAAGAUCAGGUUUAACAGUUCAGAAGACUCUAUGGCAGCUAUAUUAGCCAUGGGUUCUUUUGGGUUGAUCCACGCACCUAGCUGCAUUUGUUUUGACCCUUAUAAAGUUUGAUUUUUUUUCACUCUGUUUUACAGUCAGCAUAACCAUGGUGUGAGAUUUCUUUACUCUUCAGCAUAUUAUCUGCUUGGCUUUUUGUUUAUCACCUUUUCGCUGAAAUAUAUGUUCAUGUUUGGCUCCACUCCCUGGUUAUUUUUAGGCUGAAAAAGCAUGCAGUCUUGGUUUUUCAGCCACUCUUAGACAUUCAUGCAACUUAGCCUUCUUUUAUAAAAUCAAAAUGGAAUCACUGUACUUGCUAAAAAUCAAUUGUGCAUUCAGAAGACAUCUUCAUAGUUGAGUAAUCAACUCAGUAUUUAAGAGCAUCUAAACUUGGGGUGCAUGCCUGUCUCCUCCAAAUAUUUUUAGAAAUAGUGAUACACCUUAACACAUGCUGCCUUAACACUUUCCUUCAGUAGAUGUUUGUGGGGAAGAAGGCGUAAUGGGCUGUGGAGACCUAAACUUCUUGCUUAUUGAUUCAGAAUAAAAAUAAGCCACAAAGAGUAAUUGAGUUGUUACUGUUUGAUAGUUCCUACAAAGCUUGUGUGCAAUGUAAUAGUCAGUUCAGUCUUGUUUCUCAUGAUUGCACAGAGCCAUUGUUUUAAUGAGCAACCAAAGCAAACAAGGCUGUGGCAUCGGCAGAGAGCAGAGGAGCCCCUUCGAGUCUAGUAGGAGGCCUGCCCACCUGUCGGGACCACUUGGUGGAAGAACCCACAGGCCUAUUUUCUGAGGAGAACAUGUGAGGUUUUUCUUUUUUUUUUCUUUUUCUUUUUUUAAAAUAAAAGUCAUGAUUUGUAAAAAGCCAGUUUGUUUUAAAUAGAAAGUACUCAUUUACCUCUGCAUUUUAUUCACUCAGGUUCUAUAAAAAUCUGAACAGAUUGUACAACUUUGACCUUACAUAAAAAAUUGAAAACUAUUGGAACUAAAAAGUCAAAUUAUUUUUCCUCCCUUUUGUGUUUUGCUAAGCAGCUGAAAAAUAUUUCUUGGUGUGAUUGUAUUUUUUUUCCUAAAUAAAACACCAUUAGCCUUAAUAAUAUGUUCUCCUAUGUACCUGAAAGAAAAUAUACUUCGAUGUAACACGGAGAAGAGUGUGAAUAAAACAUAUAUACAAUACUUAAAUAACCAGUCCUCGCCUAGAACAUAUUUGAAUUGUGUAUUUAUUUUUAAACAUUUUGGUUCAAGCCAAGAAACAAGGUCAUUUUACUCUGAGAUUUGUCCUCUAAAUUCAGUAAUGAUCUGUAAAGUCUAUGUUUUGCUAAUUGGAAGAGUAAAUCUACAUAUUUUCCACA